AUGGAAACAGCUGAGGACAACAGUAAGGACGCCUUCUAUGAUGAACUCAAUCCGUUGGUGUCUAAAAUAUCAAGCCAGUGGUCAUUGUCGCAAUCAAAAAAUGCGAAGAUGGGACUCGAACAACAGUCCAAUGUGCUAGGAAAAUGGUACUAUCUAGCGGAACGCACGUCGGACAACGGUCACCGUCUGUGGUCAACUUGUGCAAACAGACGGUCCUCAUCAUCGCUUCCACGUUUAAGAGGAAUCAUCGACGCCAUCAGCUCACGUGGCAGAGGCCAACCCUUUUAA